AUGCAGUGCUCCCUUCUUCAUAAACAAGUGAGCUCCGAGCCCAUCCAUGGAGGUGGUAGUCAGGGUGGUUGCCACAGCAAUUGACAUCAGCGGUCUAGUCCCCGAGGAGCCUGUCACCCUCCUGCCUGCUUGCGGUGUCUCCAUUAGCACUUCUGCGAAGAGUGGAGAGGAGGCAUUUGGGGACUUCCACCCUCAUACACAUCCCAUUUUGAGGAUUGGGUGGAGCUGGAAAGGACCAGUGGCCAAGAGGGGUGGAGACAAGGGGAGGGUGUCAGGGUAGGCGGGGCCCCUCUUUGUUGGCCUCUUGCCUUGGCCGUGAAGCCCCAGCACACUCGGCUCCCAGACAUCGUCAGAGGCAGCAGCAGCAACUGGCCAUGGCAGAGGACGGGCCGAAGCAGCCACAGCUCAUCAUGCCGCUGGUCCUGGACAAGGACCUGACCAAGCAGAUGCGGCUACGCGUGGAGAGCCUGAAGCAGCGCGGGGAGAAGCGCCAGGAUGGCGAGAAGCUGCUGCGGCCGGCCGAGUCCGUGUACCGCCUCGACUUCAUCCAGCAGCAGAAGCUGCAGUUCGAGCGCUGGGACGUCGUGCUGGACAAGCCGGGCAAGGUCACCAUCACGGGCACCUCCCAGAACUGGACGCCUGACCUCACCAACCUCAUGACACGCCAGCUGCUGGACCCCGCUGCCAUCUUCUGGCUCAAGGAGGACUCGGAUGCCAUGGAUUGGAACGAGGCUGACGCCCUGGAGUUCGGGGAGCGCCUGUCGGAGCUGGCCAAGAUCCGCAAGGUCAUGUACUUCCUCAUCACCUUCGGCGAGGGUGUGGAACCCGCCAACCUCAAAGCUUCUGUGGUCUUUAACCAGCUCUGACAGUAGCUGCUCCUUGCUGCUCCCUGUCCCCCGCCUGUGCCCUCUUCCCCAGGUGUGGGCAAUUUGGGGGCAUUUUUCUAGUUGUUGGCCUGUACUGAGCUUGGCCAGGACCCCCUCAGCCUGCAUCUUUCCUCGUCUCCUUUCGCCGGUGCUGGCACUCCUGCUCACGAAGAAAAACGAUACAAGGCUCUGUAGUUAGAAGCUGAACUGGCUGCCGCUACUUCUGCUGUAGACCACAGACUGGGGCUAGCGCAAGAAGAUGGAGGGGCCAUGGUAUCUGCCUUCUAUCUGUCUCAUCAUCAUCAUCGAGAGAGAGAGACUGAAGGAGACCAGGAGAGAGACAGACACAGAGAGAGAGAGAGAGAGAAAUCCAAAGAACCAGCCAUCAGGCUUCCCCUGGAGACAGGCAGACGGAGACGGCAGAACAGCCUCCUUGGGGAAUCCAGUAAACAGGCAUUUGCUGCCCACCCGGCCACAGCGCCCUUUGUCCAGAGGUGAAUACCCAGCCUGGGGAUCCAGGAAGGCGCUGGUCCUGGCACGGGCCUGGCAUGGUCCCACGAUGCCUCGGGGGCCUUCAGGACAUCGGGCAGGGUGGCGGUGGGCGUUGGUUUGAGCAGUGGCGAGUGCCUGGCACGCUGGAGGCUGUGCAGUCCAACUCUCGCUCUUCUGAAAAUGACCUCAGGUGGGAAGAAGUGAAGGGGGGCAUAAAAAAGUCACAUAGAAAUGUAUCUAUUUAUACAUAUACAUAUAUGUUGAGAGAGAGAGAGCAUGCUAUAUUCAUAUGGAUAUAUUCUAGAGGCUGUCCUGCCCUGCAGACAAGCCUGAUUUUAGAUAAUCUACUAUAUAAUUGCCCAGCUGGUUCAUGGGUGGUCCUUAGCUCAGGGGCUUGGUCAGAUUGGCCGGGGAGAGGGGGAUUGACCUGAGCUGGGAGACUGAAGUUCAUACAGUGAAGUGGAAACAGUGUAGUAAAGGGGUUUCUCUCUGCCAGAUGAAAGCUUGAUGGAGGGGUCCAUAGCCCUGGAGAUGGGGACAGUAGGUUCUCUGGGGCCUCAAGUGUCCCCUGUUGGGACGUCAGGCUUUUUCUAGCUCAAUAGUCAGGGAAAGUUAGUGUUUCAUCUGGAGGCAUUUCUGGCAUCUUCAGUGGAGCCUAGGGGUGGGGUGGGGCCAGACUGGUAGGGCAGUUGUGGUGGCCGAUGCUCAGAAGUGGGCUGGAGGUGGCUGUGUGCAGUGACGGCGGGACACUGGCCUUAGAGGUCACUGGGCACAACCCACUCACCCAACAGGAAACUGAGACAUGAUUAUCAGCAGACUCAGUUUCAGCCCCGCUAAGCCUCACUGCUCUUCAGAGCACCCUAGGCCCAACGAGCCCCCUUUGAGGGAGGGGCGUGACCUGCCUGGCAUCAGCUGAGUGUACCUCAGGAAGUGCCACCAACACCCUGUCUCAAGACCAGUCCCGGUUUCUGUCAGGGACGUGCCCAUGACAUUUCCCUCAUGAAGCAGGGGAGCAGGUGCGGGGGGGGCGCGGAGCUGGGAACAGAUGCACUGAGAGAUGGAGGGUCAGUGCCAUCCCCACUGGCCAGGGCUGCGGGGAGGGCAGGCCCCUACUUCGGAGGCUUGCACGCAGGCCCCAGUGUGGAAUCUGGAUUCUUUAGGCGGGAGAUUGGCUGUGGUGUGAGCUGGGUCCUCUCUAACUUGCAGCUCUGGCCUGUGCUGGGAUGUGCUUAACGUCCUGGCACUGCCUGCCUUGCUUUCCCACUGAGCACUGGGGAAGGCCAGACCCCCGGGGACGGCUCUGCCCUCUGCCUCUUUGCUUGACCUCUCCUUGCAGCCAGGGGGACCCUCUUGGUGCAACUGCCCGUACCCCCACCCUGCCCCACCACAUUCGCCCUGUGCGUGCGUGUGAGUGCCUCUGCUGGGCUCUCUGUGUCGCCCCAAUAAAGCCUGUGCGCCCCUGCCUGGAGUGGUGUGUCGUCUCUCUCCGUGACCCGCCCCUGUGCUUUCAGGGGCUCUGACUUAGCCCCACCCCCUCACAGCCCUGAGCACCUCUUCGGGGGUUCUCCCACACUCCCAACCCCUCCUCCUGCCGCUUUCGGGGAUGAGGCCCAGAGCAGUCAGGUGAGUGGCCCAAGGUCAGACACCAGUUUGGAGUUCAGAACCAGGUCUCUUGACACCCAGCCAAGAACCGACACCCAGACAGGUUUUUCUCCAGUGGCCCCCAG